ACUUUCAGAGGAUGGAGUAAUAAAAUGCUCCACUACUUAAGGCAUUGGCUCGAAUCUAGGUUGUGCCUUUAGAUUUUGAGAAAAGUAACAACUAAGGAAUAAUUUUUCACUUCUCAAACCCCAAACUAGUCCGUUUGGUUUGUUUCAUAAGCGUUCCCGGAAGUCUCGUAAUGUUGAACCUCUGGGGUUAGAAACUCUGUGGUUUGUCCUUUGAGCGACUAGAAGGAUUUGGAUCUCAUUUCGCGACAUUUUGUUGUUGCAGCAUAGGAGCACGGGCGCGCUGGGUAUGUAACACAGUGAAAUCCCGGGAGCCUGAACGCACAUCGGAGUAGAAACGCUUUCUCGCCGUAAUUUAAAUAAUUGUGCACCUUGCUACGAACGAACAUUACAUCCAGCAUCUACUGAAGUUGAUAGAGUUCCCGAGCGUUUUCAUAAACAAGCUAGUACAGUAGUUAGCGAACUCACGUUAGUUGCACGAGUCUAGUUGACACCUUUAACCAACAAAAAGCAGAAGUCACAACUUGCAGUUUGAGGGUUGUUCUGCAGGAAUGUCGCUGAAAGAAAGACCCACGUUUUAUCGGCAGGAGGUGAACAAGACGAUUUGGGAGGUACCAGAACGCUACCAGACGUUGUCUCCAGUCGGGUCCGGGGCCUACGGAUCAGUUUGCUCGUCGUAUGAUGAGAAGACCGGUCUGAAGAUCGCAGUGAAAAAGCUCUCCCGGCCAUUCCAGUCCAUUAUCCACGCCAAAAGGACCUACAGAGAGCUACGUCUGCUCAAGCACAUGAAACAUGAGAAUGUGAUCGGCCUUCUAGAUGUCUUCACACCUGCUACUAGUCUGGAGGAGUUCAAUGACGUGUACCUGGUGACCCACCUGAUGGGGGCAGACCUCAACAACAUAGUCAAGUGUCAGAAACUCACAGACGAUCACGUGCAGUUCCUCAUAUACCAGAUCCUCCGGGGAUUAAAGUAUAUCCACUCAGCAGAUAUCAUUCACAGAGACUUGAAACCCAGCAACUUGGCUGUGAAUGAGGACUGUGAGCUGAAGAUCCUGGACUUUGGGCUGGCGCGGCACACUGACGACGAGAUGACGGGUUACGUCGCCACACGCUGGUACCGGGCACCAGAGAUCAUGCUGAACUGGAUGCACUACAACAUGACAGUGGAUAUUUGGUCUGUGGGAUGCAUCAUGGCUGAACUCCUCACUGGCAGAACGCUGUUUCCCGGUACUGACCACAUUGAUCAGUUGAAGCUAAUAAUGCUGCUCGUCGGGAUGCCAGAGCCUGAGCUCUUGCUGAAAAUCUCUUCAGAGUCUGCGAGGAACUACAUCAACUCCUUGCCACAGAUGCCCAAGAGGAAUUUUUCUGACGUGUUCAUCGGUGCCAACCCACAAGCUGUGGACCUGCUGGAGAAGAUGUUGGUUCUGGACACAGAUAAGAGGAUAACGGCUGCCGAGGCUCUGGCCCACCCCUACUUCUCCCAGUACCACGACCCCGAUGACGAGCCUGAGGCUGACCCCUACGACCAGAGCUUUGAGAGCCGUGAGCUGGAGAUCGAGGAAUGGAAACGGUUGACCUAUGAGGCCGUGUGCGAUUUUGAGCCACCUAUCUUUGAUGGAGACAACAUGGAAUCGUGAUUGGAAGAUGUGAUUUCUACAAGCCCCUCCCCCUCAGCCCCUACAACUUUAUAUCACUUUGAGGUUCCCGCUUAUCAUACGACCUUUGGGAAAACAAUAUCAUCCGAGUGCCUACAAACAUUUGUCUUUUGUUAUAUUUUUUAAGCUGGCGCUCUCUCUCCCCCCAAUCUGACUUGUAAAUGUGUUGCAAGGGAAAAAUAACUCAAAUGGCCUGGUCCCAGAUCUGUGUUGUGGCAUGACACGGCCAUGGGAGUUGGCUAUUCAGCACAAACAGAUCUUGGAACAUGCAAAAACUAAAAUGUAGGAAAGGAGAUUUUCAAGGACUGAAUAUCUGUAUUUACUACAAUUGUAUUUUCAAGGCAGAAACAGAGGCAAGCAACAACCAACCACUAAUACCAUUAUUUGUCCAUUGCUGGAAAAUGUCAUGCUUCUGUUAUUAUUCUGUCUAUAUGUAUGUUUUAAUUGGCACCCUAUUUACUAUAUAUAGGAAAUAGGGUGCCAUUUGGGAUGAAACCUAUAUUUCAACUACACGGAUCAAAAAUAUAAAUGCAACAUACAACAAUUUUAAAGAUUUUACUGAGUUACAGUUCAUAUAAGGAAAUCAGUCAAUUGAAAUUAAUUCGUUAGGCCCUUAUCUAUGGAUUUUGCAUGACUGGGAAUACAGAUAUGCAUCUUACUUUUUUAUAUAUAGUGUAUGCGGACACACCCGUUGCUGACGGGUGUAUAAAAUCAAGCACACAGCCAUGCAAUCUCCAUAGACAAACAUUGGCAGUAGAAUGGCUUUAGUGAAGGGCUCAGUGACUUUCAACGUGGCAUUGUCAUAGGACGGUGCCACCUUUGCAACAAGUCAGUUAGUAAAAGUUCUGCCCUACUAGAGCAUCCCCGGUACAACUGAAGGGGCUGUUAUUGUGAAGUGGAAACGUCUAGGAGCAACAACGGCUCAGCCGCGAAGUGGUAGGCCACACAAGCUCACAGAAUGGGAGUGCUGUAGUGCGUAAAAAACUUCUGUCCUUGGUUGCAGGACAGACGAGUUCCAAACUGAGUUUGGAAGCAACGUCAGCACAAGAACUGUUCUUCAGGAGCUUCAUGAAAUGGGUUUCCAAGGCCGAGCAGCCACACACAACCCAAAGAUCACCAUGAGCAAUGCCAAGCAUCGGCUGGAGUGGUGUAAGCUCGCUACCAUUGGACUCUGGAGCAGUGGAAACGCAUUCUCUGGAGUGAUGAAUCACGCUUCACCUGGCAGUCUGACGAACAAAUCUGGGUUUGGCGAAUGCCAGGAUGACGCUAGCUGCCCCAAUGCAUAGUGCCAACUAUAAAGUUUGGUGGAGGAGGAAUAAUGGUCGAGGGUUGUUUUUCAUGGUUCGGGCUUGGGCCCCUUAGUUCCAGUGAAGUGAAAUAUAGCAUACAAUGACAUUCUAGACGAUUCUGUUCUUCCAACUUUGUGGCAACAGUUCGGGGAAGUCCUUUCCUGUUUCAGCGUGACAAUGCCCCCGUGCACAAAGCAAGGUCCAUACAGAAAUGGUUUGUUGAACGUUGUGGAAGAGCUUGACUGGCCUGCACAGAGCCCUGAUUUCAACCCGACCGACCACCUUUGGGAUUAAUUGGAACACCAACUACGAACCAGGCCUAAUCGCCCACAUAAGUGCCCGACCUUACUAAUGCUCUUGUGGCUGAAGGGAAGCAUAUCCCUGCAGAAAUGCUCCAACAUCUAGUGGAAAGCCUACCCAGAAGAGUGAAGGCUGUUACAGCAGCAAAGGGGGGACCAACUCCAUAUUAAUGCCCAUGGUUUUAGAAUGAUAUUGUGUCCACAUUUGCCACAUUCUUUUGGUAAUGUAGUGUAGGGGCGUGGAUCAGAACCAGUCAGUAUCCGGUGUGACCUCCAUUUGCCUGCAGUGCGAACACAUCUCCUUCGCAUAGAAUUGAUCACGUUCUUAAUUUUGGCCUGUGAAAUAUUGUCUCACUCAAUGGUUGUGCUUGAUAUUGGCGGGAACAUUUUCAGCCUCCAGGAAUUGUGUACAGAUCCUUGUGGCAUGGGGCCGUGCAUUAUGCUGAAACAAGAGGUGAUGGCGGCAGAUGAAUGGCAUGACAAUGGGCCUCAGGAUCUCGUCAUGGUAUCUCUGCAUUCCAAUUGCCAUUGAUAAAAUGCUGUUGGGUUUGUUGUCCGUGGUUUAUGCCGGCCCAUACCAUAACCCCACCGGCACCAUGGGACACUUAUUCACAACGUUGACAUCAGCAAACCGCUCUCCCACACUAUGCCAUACACGUCGUCUGCGGGUUGUGAGGUGUGUUGGACGCACUGCCAAAUUCUCUAAAACGAAGGAGUGGCUUAUGGUAGAGAAAUUCUGGCAACAGCUCUGGUGGACAUUCCUGCAGUCAUCAUGCCAAUUGCACACUCCCUCAACUUGAGACAUCUGUGGCAUUGUGUUGUGACAAAGCGGCAUAUUUGAGAGAGUGGCCUUUUGUCUCCAGCACCUGUGUAAUGAUCAUGCGGUUUAGUCAACUUCUCUAUAUGCCACACCUGUCAGGUGGAUGAAUUAUCUUGGCAAAGGAGAAAUGCUCACUACCAGGGAUAUAAACAAAUUUGUUCACACGAUUUGAGAGAAAUAUACCUUUUGUGCGUAUGGAACAUUUGGGGGGGGAUCUUUUUCAGCUCAUGAAACAUGGACCAACACUUUUUACAUGUUGCAUUCAUAUUUUAGUUCAGUGUAGUUUUUUUAUAUUCCUCCUUCAGAAGUUUUUGAUAUUAUUUUGAGACUUCUAUGGCUUAUCACUGUGACAUUCAAAAGAAAUGAGAUGCUGAAUUAAACGUCCGGAAAAAUAUAGCUGUGUACUAUAUGAUUGAAUCAUUUUAAUAGUGUAUAUCAAUUGAAAUGUGGAAUACAGACUGUCAGUCCCGCAAUGCCAAUCGCAGCAUUAGUGUCACAGAUUUACAGGCGCUUCAGAAAUCCGCUUUACUCUAUCAGACAGGCUGGGUCUCAAAUGGCACUUUAAUACCUAUAUAGUGUAGGACAUUUAGUUUUAUUUAACCAGGUAUGUUGACUGAACACAUUCUCAUUUACAGCAACGACCUGGGGAAACGUUUCAAUGGGAUGAAUGAGCCAAUUGGAAACUGGAAAUAGUUGGUGACCAUGAUGGUCAGAGUGCCAGAUUGGGAAUUUAGCCAGGACACCGGGGUUAACACUCUUACCAUCAGUGCCAUUGGAUCUUUAGUGUCCACAGAGUCAGGACACCUGUUCAACAUCAGUUCCAAAAGAUGACACCGUACUCAGGGUAAUGUCACCUAGUCACACACUUUUUAGACCAAAGGAAAGAGUGCCUCCUCCUGGCCCUCCAACACCACUUGGUCUUCCAUUCAGGGACCGAUCAGGACCAAACCUGCUUAGCUCUAGGGUCAAUCCAGCAGUGGGAUGCAGGGUGUUAUGUUGCAGGGCACAUAAGGUUUUGGUCAAAAGUAGUGCACUAUAUAGUGAACAGGGUGCCAUUUGAGACCCAGCUAGGGAUUUCUUCUUUUAUUCAACAUUGUUAUGAGCUUUAGGAAAUGUUUUAGCUGUGAAGAAAAAUGGCUUUAGAUCUACCACAUUGCAGAUGAAUCUCCAUCCCCCACGCCCUAUAGUCUUACAACUCUUCAGUUAGUGCGACAUUUGGUUAAAUGCCAGCAGCCAGACCACGAUGUUUAGUACCAUUUUUAGUGCUCAAACCCUAAAAUCAUUAUUCAGUUAAUUUAAUACCCAAAUAAUUUAAUUCUAUCAUUCAAAUUUUUGAAUUUUAAAGUGGCUUCCUCAUGUCCUUUCUGCACUCAGGUGAAGGAGCUACGUAGAUUAAAGCGAAAGCCUGGUAUGGGUCAACCAUAUUGCUUUCUGCUGUUCUCAAAACAACAGUACAGACAGAUGAGGGAAGUUACUGUUGGUCAUUGAUGUAGCCCCAGUCUGCCUAAAUAAAAUGGCCCUGGAAAUCUAGCCUGUUGAACCAGAUUGAUUGCUGGACUCUUGAACACAGAAUUCAAUCUGGUUUAACCAGGCUAAGGAUUCUGAAUACCACUUUAAAUAUUUACACUUUGAAACCAGAUGGAGUUCCUUUGAGCCACUGUAGGUAAUUGAAUGUGCCAAAUAAUGUGGCAUUAAUUAAACCAGGAAAAGGUGUUUGUGGGUACAAAAUCUAUGUACAUAUCUGUUCUAUUUUAAUUUUUAAUCUUCAUUACUUAUUUUCUGUGGUUUGUUAGUGAAUUCAAUUCAACCAAUCUUCAUUAUCAGCAUGUUCAUCAUUUUACAUGAGUGAUUUUUGAAUAGGUGUGUGUUUACAGGAGUUUGAAGUGUCAUGCUUAAAGCCACAAAAGAGAAAUAUGAAAUUAAUGUCAAAAAUAAAUGAGGGAAUUUCUUAGAUAUAUUUAUACUUUGUUGGUGUGGUAUUUAUAAACUGGAGAGGGAUACUGUUGUUUAUUUCAGCCAAGCCCCAUAGAAUACGUAUCUAACAGUCUUAACAGCAAAGCAACUAUUAGAAUCAUUAAUGCCUUUGUUAAUAAAGACAGUAUUUUUCAGAG